AUGGGUGAAUGGCCGUACACGCCGAUGGUUCAGCAAGAUGUUUCUCUGUCAGAUGUAUUCUUUAUUUUGAUACGAGUUCCUUUGUGGGUUCAUUCUGUUGAUUUCACAAUUUACAUGCUUAGUGUGGUUUCGCCCGCCGACGGCUUUUCGUCGUCAUUGCUUUCGGCUCACCUCGGUCCCAGUAGAUGGACGGUGAAUUCAUACUUGGGUACACUUACUCUUCUUUGUCCCUGGCCGUCCUCGCACAACGACGUCCUUUCUCGUCGAUUGGUUGCCUGCCUGCUAGCUUGCUUGUUUGUUUGUUUGCCGUGCUGCUGCAUCCAUCUGCUGCAGUUUCCGUUCCAUCUCCAGCCCCGCCGUUUCUUCAGCCGUCGCACACACAAGCCAGUCGCAACACGCCGGCCCCCUGCAACCUCACCCAUCCUCUGUCUUGUCUCUCUUUUGGGCUGGUCUGUACGUACACAACACAAUACAUCCGACUUGUACCUGCCUGCCUGCCUCAUCAUCAUCAUCGUCAUCAACACCCCGCUUCCUUCUCCCAAAAAAGCACCGGCCACAACACCACCACCAGCUGCAACAACAUCGACACCUCGCCUCGUCUCGCCGCGCCUCACUUCCAUCCCCUUCUUUCCCACCCGCUCGCUCGCACUCUCGCUCCCUCGCACACUCGCCGCCCUCGACCUGAACCUGUCCGUUCAUGGCCAACGUCAGAUGAACGUUCUCGCACAGAUAGGCACGCCGCCUCCCAGCCCGCCCCGAUCGCGCGCCCCUUCAGCCAGCAACAUCUUCACUCUUCAAUCUCGGCCGACCUUCUCCCAGCCCUCGAAUGAUGACGGCGCAGCACUUAUAGCCCAAACAGACACCGCGGCCGCUCGGAGAAUGGAUUCCCGUACCUACCCCCAGGUCGACGCGACACCAGCCGACUACGAUGAAAAGACGCCGCUCCUCCGCACUGCUCAAGCUCCCUUUGCCGAAGCCCUGCCUUCCAAGUCUCGGAUGUUCCCGCAACGGAUAUCCGGCUUUCUGGUGGGGAGCAUCACCUUCGUUCUGUCUCCCGUCAUCGCCGUCGGCCAGUAUGUCAUUGCCUGCUUCCGUGACGAGCAAGGCAACUACUCCCUCUUCGCCCCCGUAUACCACAUGGCCCGGCCCUUCAGUCGCGCACGCCGGAAAAAAGAAAGGAACAACACUCAAUCCAUGCCCGCCUCCAGCAACACUUCCGAGCUCAGCGAAAAGGGGAAAAGUAGACGGCGGUCGAGCACCGCGCAAUCCAGGGGGGACUUCAAGGGAAGAAGUCGGCGCUCACCCUCCAUCACCUCGAUAGCCUCAACAUCCACUGCUGUGUCAUCCGACUCGGAGCUGGAAAGCGAGCGUCCUCCCACCCGAGACUCUGACAGGGACGCUCCGUCACGCCAUACUCGAUCCAAGUCGUCCGCAUCGUCCACCACCGAAGAGAUCGCUCCCGCGCGCCGCCAGAUACGCAUCAAGCUGCACAAUGAGGAAUCUCUGCGCCAACGCAAGUCAGCAAAGAAGACUAGGGGUUCCAAAGCUGGCUCGACCCAGGUAUCGGCUGAGGCUGCCGCCGCACUCAAGUCUCCCACGGGUUCCAUGUCCUCGAAACAGAUGACCAAGUUCCCACGAGCGCCACAACCCCCGCGACCCCUGGUCCCCCGGCGCCAACCGUCGUAUUCUGCCUCCGGCGCCUCCGCCGUCGGCCCGCACCAGAAAACCUUGAUCCUCGAUCUCGACGAAACACUGAUUCACAGUAUGGCCAAGGGUGGUCGCUUCACCACGGGGCACAUGGUGGAGGUCAAGCUGCAGCACCCGGUUGGCGCGGGAGGCCAAAUCAUCGGCCCGCAGGUGCCUAUCCUAUACUACGUUCACAAGCGGCCUUAUUGUGACGAAUUCCUUAAAAAGGUUUGUAAGUGGUACAAUCUGAUCAUUUUCACCGCUUCCGUGCAAGAAUAUGCCGACCCGGUCAUCGACUGGCUAGAAGCCGAGCGCAAAUACUUCGCAGGGAGAUACUAUAGACAGCACUGCACAUUUCGCAAUGGGGCUUACAUCAAGGACCUGGCGCAGGUCGAACCCGAUCUCAGCAAGGUCAUGAUUAUUGAUAACAGCCCCAUGUGCUAUAUAUUCCACGAAGAUAAUGCAAUCCCCAUCGAGGGCUGGAUCAGCGACCCGACAGAUAACGGACUUCUGCACCUCAUUCCUCUGCUCGAGGGAUUGCAGUACGUCACGGAUGUGCGUGCGCUGCUUGCACUGCGCAUGGGUCAACCUCCGAGUUCGUGA